AUGAUCCAGUCGUACCAAGUGGGAGGGAAAACCUGCCACUGCAAAAUUCCUUCGAAUGAAACCAUCUCGACAACAGCUUCGGCCGUAUCGACAACAGUCGCUGUAACAACCGCUGCGCCCACUACAGCUGCACCUACGACCGCUGCGCCAAGCACAGCUGCACCUACGACUGCUGCGCCCACUACAGCUGCACCUACGACUGCUGCGCCCACUACAGCUGCACCUACGACUGCUGCACCAACUACAGCUGCACCUACGACUGCUGCGCCAAGCACAGCUGCACCUACGACCGCUGCUCCAACUACAGCUGCACCUACGACUGCUGCGCCCACUACAGCUGCACCUACGACCGCUGCUCCAACUACAGCUGCACCUACGACCGCUGCACCUAAGACCGCUGCACCUACGACUGCUGCUCCAAGCACAGCUGCACCUACGACUGCUGCUCCAAGCACAGCUGCAUCUACGACUGCUGCGCCCACUACAGCUGCACCUACGACCGCUGCUCCAACUACAGCUGCACCUACGACUGCUGCGCCCACUACAGCUGCACCUUCGACCGCUGCUCCAACUACAGCUGCACCUACGACUGCUGCGCCCACUACAGCUGCACCUACGACCGCUGCUCCAACUACAGCUGCACCUACGACUGCUGCGCCAACUACAGCUGUACCUACGACCGCUGCUCCAACUACAGCUGCACCUACGACCGCUGCGCCAAGCACCGCUGCACCUACGACCGCUGCACCUAAGACCGCUGCAUCUACGACUGCUGCUCCAAGCACAGCUGCACCUACGACUGCUGCGCCAACUACAGCUGCACCGACGACCGCUGCGCCCACUACAGCUGCACCUACAACUGCUGCGCCAAGUACAGCUGCACCUACAACUGCUGCACCAACUACAGCUGCACCUACGACUGCUGCACCAACUACAGCUGCGCCUACGACCGCUGCACCAACUACAGCUGCACCUACAACUGCUGCGCCAAGCACAGCUGCACCUACGACCGCUGCUCCAACUACAGCUGCACCUACGACCGCUGCUCCAACUACAGCUGCACCUACGACCGUAGAUGUUGGAGCCUGCACCAUGGACGUGACGGUGACAGCUGCAACCGACCUGUACUGGACUUCACCUGGAUUCCCAAGCAACUACCCGGAUGACAUUACAUGCACACUCACCGUCACUAAGCUCGUGGAUGAAUAUGAUUACACUUCUUUACUAUUAUAA